AUCUUGACGAGGAAACAUGCCUCCCAAGCAGGAUAAGAAGAAGGACGCUGGGAAGUCCAAAAAGGACAAGGACCCAGUCAACAAGUCCGGAGGAAAAGCCAAGAAGAAGAAGUGGUCCAAGGGAAAGGUUAGGGAUAAGCUCAACAACCUGGUACUCUUCGACAAGGCAACCUACGAGAAGUUGUACAAAGAAGUCCCAAACUACAAGCUCAUCACCCCAGCUGUUGUGUCUGAGAGGCUGAAGAUCCGUGGCUCUCUGGCCAGGAACGCUCUCCAGGAGCUGCUUUCUAAAGGUAUGAUCAAACUGGUGUCCAAACACAGAGCACAGCUUAUUUACACCCGUAACACCAAGGGUGGAGAUGAGGAGGGAGCAGAGAAAACAGCAGCAGAGAAAGCAGCAGAGAAACCAGAGAAGGCCGACAAAGCAGAGAAAGCAGAGAAGGCCGAGAAGGCAGAAAAGGCAUAAUCAGGUUAUCCUGUGUUUCUUCUGAUGAGCUGUUUGUAAUAAAAGGUGAAUAAAAACUGUAAAGACGAAAUCACA